AUGACCCGGACCCGAGCUCCCGCCGUGCGCAGCUCCGCCGUGCGCAGCUCAUCUGCCCCAAGCAGGUCGGCCCUGCCCUGCCAUCAUCGCUACAUUCCAGGUCGCUCCGAGUGGGCCAUUUCACAGGGGAAGUGCGGCACGUCCGCACUCAUCGUCAUCUCCCGUUCCACCAACAAGCUCGCGGUCUCUCCAGCACUCACCGCCUCUGCCUCCUCCUCUGUUGCCUUUGAGACGUCUCAGAAGUGCAGCAGCCCAUCCCCUGCCCGUUCCACCCACAAGCUCGUGGUUCCUCCAGCUCUCACCUCCUCUGCCUCUUCCUCUCCUCUUACCUCCUGCUGUUUCUCCAAGCUCCGACGCCAGAAGAACGGGCGGGCAGAGGAACGUGUGGUGGCAAAGUGGAUGGCAGAGGAACAGGAGGCGGAUGAUUGGGCGGCGCAUGAAUGGAAGGCGGUGGGACCGUUGGUUUUAGAAUGGGCAGCAAAAAAUCUGGCGAAGGCGGAACGGGCGGCAGAGGAAGAGGAACGGGCGGCGGCGCAACGGGAGGCAGAGGAAUGGGAGGCGCAUGAAUGGGCGGCAGGAGGUUUGAUGGUUUUAGAAUGGGUGGCAGAGGAGAGGGCGAAGGCAGAACGGGCGGCAGAGGAAGAGGAACGGGCGGCGGCGAAACGGGAGGCAGAGGAAUAUGAGGCGCAUGAAUGGGCGGCAGGGGGUUUGAUGGUUUUAGAAUGGGCAGCAGCGGAAAGGGCGAAGGCAGAAUGGGCGGCAGAGGAAGAAGAACGGGCGGCGGCGAGACGGGAGGCAGAGGAAUAUGAGGCGCAUGAAUGGGCGGCAGGAGGUUUGAUGGUUUUACAAUGGGAAGCAGAGGAAAGGGCGAAGGCGGAACGGGCGGCAGAGGAAGAGGAACGGGCGGCGGCGAAACGGGAGGCAGAGGAAUAUGAGGCGCAUGAAUGGGCGGCAGGGGGUUUGAUGGUUUUAGAAUGGGAAGCAGGGGAAAGGGCGAAGGCGGAACGGGCGGCAGAGGAAGAGGAACGGGCGGCGGCGAAACGGGAGGCAGAGGAAUAUGAGGCGCAUGAAUGGGCGGCAGGGGGUUUGAUGGUUUUAGAAUGGGCAGCAGCGGAAAGGGCGAAGGCAGAACGGGCGGCAGAGGAAGAAGAACGGGCGGCGGCGAGACGGGAGGCAGAGGAAUAUGAGGCGCAUGAAUGGGCGGCAGGAGGUUUGAUGGUUUUAGAAUGGGAAGCAGAGGAAAGGGCGAAGGCGGAACGGGCGGCAGAGGAAGAGGAACGGGCGGCGGCGAAACGGGAGGCAGAGGAAUAUGAGGCGCAUGAAUGGGCGGCGGGGGGUUUGAUGGUUUUAGAAUGGGAAGCAGAGGAAAGGGCGAAGGCGGAACGGGCGGCAGAGGAAGAGGAACGGGCGGCGGCGAAACGGGAGGCAGAGAAAUAUGAGGCGCAUGAAUGGGCGGCGGGGGGUCCAAUGUAUUUAGAAUGGGCAGCAGCAGAAAGGGCGGAAGCGGAACGGGCGGCAGAGGCAGAGGAACGGGCGGCGGCAGAAUGGAUGGCAGCAGAACAGGAGGCAGAGGAACGGGAAGCAGAGGGACGGGGGUUUGGCGCAUGGGCAGCAGAGGAAUGA